GCAGGACAAACACUGAAAUAUUCAAAAAUAUAACAGCAGCAGCAGCAGCGGUUCCCCCCUUCCAAGGCUUCAGCUGGAAUGAAAACUGCCUUUCAUUGCAAGUUUGCCAUCUCCUCUCCUCUGUUGUGUGAGCUGAUAAUGCACUAUCAGAGCUAGCAGGACUCUAUAUAGAGGGGCUCUCUCUUCCAGCCUCACUAAGUCUGAAACGGUCUGCUCCUUCUGAAUCAUAUGACGCUUCCCCUUGAUUCGCUGGCGUCAGAAGGAGCUCCCAGAGAUUUACUCGAGAAGGACUUUACCCUCCACCUGCAGGACUGCGCCGUCAAGAGUAAUAAACAGGAAUAAGCACACAGCUGGUUGGCACACAAAGGAUCUUGCAUUCCUAAAUCUCCAAGCUUCACAGCUCAGCUACACAGCAUUUCAACACAGAGAAAGAGAGACCCACUGUGGCCAGAUAGGUUCCUGGUUGGUGCCCCAGAGCUGUAGUGAGGAAUGAAUGGUCCAGCAGAUCCCUCAAGCCUACUCCUCAACUCCUCCCUGGAAACUUCAGAACAAUGUGGCAAAGAGACCCAUACAGAGAACAUCCUUUUUGCCACUUUUUAUCUCCUGGAUUUCAUCCUGGCUUUUGUUGGCAAUACCCUGGCUCUUUGGCUCUUCAUCCGGGACCAAAAGUCAGGCACUCCAGCCAAUAUUUUCCUGAUGCAUCUUGCUGUGGCCGACCUGUUUUUUGUGCUGGUUCUCCCCACCCGGCUGGUAUAUCACUUUUCUGGCAAUCACUGGCCUUUUGGCGAGAUCCCAUGCAGACUCAUUGGCUUCCUUUUCUAUCUCAACAUGUAUGCCAGUAUCUACUUCCUUAUGUGCAUCAGUGUUGACCGCUUCCUAGCCAUCGUGCAUCCUGUGAAAUCCAUCAAACUCCGCAGAUCACUCUACGCCCACUUGGCAUGUGCCUUUAUUUGGGUUAUAGUUGCUGUCGCAAUGGCACCUCUGUUGGUCAGCGUGCAGACAGCCGAGAUGAACAACACGACUGUCUGCCUACAGCUCUACAGAGAGAAGGUAUCACGCCAUGCUCUUGUGUCAUUGGCAGUGGCAUUCACCUUUCCAUUUGUUACUACAGUGACCUGCUACUUAUUGAUUAUCCGUAGCCUGAGGAGUGGCAACAGAGUUGAGAAGCAUCUGAAGGAAAAAGCCAUCAAGAUGAUCAUCGUUGUCCUAAUGAUCUUUCUGGUCUGCUUUGUACCCUAUCACAUCAAUCGCUACAUUUACAUUCUCCAUUAUGAUGGCACCAAGACUUCCUGUGAAACCCAGAGAGUCCUGGCACUCAGUAACCGCAUCACUUCCUGCCUCACCAGCCUGAAUGGUGCCCUUGACCCAGUGAUGUAUUUCUUUGUGGCUGAGAAGUUCCAUGAGGCCUUGUGCAGCUUGUUUUGUGGCAAAAGAGCUGCAAUUAUGCCUCCAAGUUAUGAGGGGAAGACAAAUGAGAGCUCACUUAGUGCUAAAUCUGAAUUGUGAGAAAGUGAUCAUAUUUGCUGAAACUUCUGGGCACAACACAGCCAAGAGACUCUCUAGGAGUAAAGGCAAGUGACCCGAAAGACAAAGAUGGUAUUCCCAGAGUCAGUAUCAUUCUUGAAAUAUCAAGGAGGAGAGUUCAGUUAUUCUAUGCAGCUACAACCAGCAAGGGCUCAUCUCUGUCAGCAGACAGAUUCUAAUCUCAGUAAAUCACAAGACACCUGAAUAUGAAUGCAACAGCAGCAGCAUCUGUUGCCCAAUCCUGAAGCUGGGGCCUGAAUAUUUAGGGAUUGAGGAAGGAAACAAGAAUUUAAUCAAACCAUGAUUUCUUCAUCUAAGAGUUUUAUACUCAAGGCUCAUUCAAGCAAAUGUUGGCCACCCUGAGAAACAGAACAACUGGAAUUCAAGGACUAAGAUUCAACGGGUGACUGCUCCCUGCCCAAAACGCACACCCUCCCCUGAAAUCCUAUGUUGUGCCAGCCAGAGAGAUUCAGUCCUGGGGUAUCAGAGGAGAAUAGUAGUGUCUCUAGAUCUAUUGUGAAUGUUUGUAGAGAGUUGGGGAGAUACAGUAUGCAUGUUGAAGAGGGGAAAGGGGAAACCUGUGGCUGGAAUAAUUGGGAGACAUCCUGAUUCUCCAGGGAUGUCAAGUUAUUGUUGCCACAGACCUCUUGUCUAUGCCCAACAUUUGGGCAUGAGCAGUAAACAUAAUGCUAAUAUUUCAACCUGUCCUUGGGUUUGUGGGCCAAGGCCCCAGCAGCUGUCUUCAGUUAUAGGCAGCAUUUUCUGAACUAGUUUUGGGGUGUAGUCUGUUUGAAUUAUCAGUCACCUUAAUAAUCUUAGGCUAAAAUAAAAGGGAAUGGAAAGAAGUUUCAUGAAAAUCAGUAAAGGGAAUAUCUUCCAUUGGUUUAUAAAUGGUGAACCCUAAAACUCUGAAUCCCCGUAAAAAUAUUAGCCAAGAAGAUGAAAAGUAGAUGUGCUGAAAGUGUGAAACCCAGCCUGCUUGGGAAAAGCCUUAAAGCUCUUUAAAGUGUUUUAUAAUUAUUUACAUUCUGUCUCAUGUGUUUUAUUUGGUCUGAAAAACAUUUAAUUUGCUAUAUAGGAUCACUAACCUAGUUUAGCUUAACUACCCUCACUGAUAAAUGCUGCACCCAAUGGAACACAUCUGGGUAUCAAGAUAAGAAGGGGAGGUAGGAGAAAUCCCAUGGUAUAAAAGGAGAAGAGCAGAAGAAUCCACUAGGAACCUUGCUAAGCCAAUCAUAUUUGCCUCUGAAGUGCUUAGAUACGGCAGUGAUGAGCACUAUAGAAAGCCAUAUGAUAGAUCAAUCUUAUUUACAUAUUCUACCCAUGUCAUUGGGAAGGAGCUCUCUACGUCUCCAAGAGUUUAGAUCCUAAAUUAUGAAAUCACACAGCUUUUUAUCUUGGUUAAGUUUCUGGAAUCCUGACUGCUUUCCCAGCUGGUACCCAGCACUGCUCAACGGCACUGGCCAAUCAGAGACACAAGCCAAGAAGCCAAAAGGAAAAUCCAUUAACCGUAAUUUUGGAAGACUAGAGACUGGUGUUACAUGGAGGAUUACUUGAAAGGGAAGUAAUUAUGGGAGGUUCCCUGGAGGACAGGGUGAAGCAAAUAAUCCUCUUUCCUUUUUUCAUGUUGAUCAUGUCAGCAGGUAGGAACAUCAACUCAAUGACUCUCCCAACCCCUGCUGGACAGAGGUAUAACAGUCUGAAGUUAAUCCACUGUGCUUCAGAAUGCAAAACUAUCUGCCAAACUGUCUGUCUCUCUUCUUACUGGGAUGUGCUUUUGUACAAGUUUCCUGUUCUGUUUGUAUUAGUUUUGCCAUUCAUUUUUUUUAAACAAAAAACUUUUUGGACGUGUUUAUGCUUGUUAUACAUAUAUAAAAUAAAUAGUUUCAAA